AUGGACUACGUUGCCCAUUUGCAGGCCCUGGCCUCCAUGAGCGGCUGGACCCAGCCCCAGUGGGGCUAUCCACCCGCUGCGGCCGCCCCAGCGCACCCCGCUGCGCCGGCCGCGCCGGUUGCGCCGGUGGUGCCAGGGCCGGUGGUGGCAGCUGCACCGGCGCCAGUGGCUCCUGCGCCAGUGGCUCCUGCAGCGCCGGUGGUAGUGGCACCACCUUACCCUGGGGGAUGGCCAGGCCAGCCAGCGUAUCAGGCGUAUCCGGUGCCUGCACCUACACCUGCACCCGGCGGUCGAACUCUGACAAUCGCCGAAGCUUGCGCGGCUGCAGCUAGUGGCACCGUCGGAGAAACUGUGCAGGACAACGAUGUGCGAGUGAUAGACUUCAAUGAGAGCCCAUUGCCGCUCCACAAAGUGUAUGCCUUCGAUCAAUGUGUUCAAUUUCCUCCCAAGCUUAUCGCGGACUUGAAGCAAUCGUUCCCGUCACCCUCGCAGAUCCAAGCCUUUACAUGGCCGCUGGCAAUGCAGGGGAAGGAUGUGAUUGGCAUUGCCGCUACAGGGAGUGGCAAAACUUUGGCGUUUCUGUUGCCAGCUUUCAGUGAAUUUUAUCACGCAGGGCAUCAGCCUCAAAGAGACGGCGUCGGCCUGCUGGUGAUGUCACCCACACGCGAGUUGGCCCAGCAGAUCGAGGUGGAAGCAAAUCGCUUUGGCAAAUGCUUGGGCAUGUUCAAUGUCUCAAUGUAUGGAGGUGCACCCAAGUGGGAACAGGUCAACAAAUAUCGCCAGGGCGUUCACAGCAUCAUUGCUUGCCCUGGUCGGCUGAACGACCUCCUGGACGGCCGGCAAGUUCAGGUACUGGAUGAAGCUGAUCGAAUGCUGGACAUGGGCUUUGAACCGCAGAUCCAAAAGAUCCUGCAGCAUGUUCCAAGAAGUCGGCACACCAUGUUCUUCACCGCCACAUGGCCCAGGGAGGUCCGGCAGUUGGCGAGUACCAUUCUCUAUCAGCCGGCACGGGUCAUGAUCGGAAACCGGGAUGAGUUGAAAGCCAAUCAGGACGUGACGCAACAAGUGCGUAUCGUUGAGUCCCAUGGCAAGAAAGCGGCUAUUCUGCAGCUGCUGCACGAAGCAGGCUUGAUGACACCAGGUGCAGUGGGCAAAGCCUUGGUAUUUGCCAGCACCAAACGAAUGUGUGAAGAUUUGGCCAAUCAACUUCAUCAUUCAGGUGUUUCCUGUGCCGCCAUCCAUGGUGACAAGGACCAAAAAGCCAGAGACCACGCCCUGAAUGGCUUGAAGCAAGGACGUAUCCGGGUCCUCGUUGCAACAGACGUGGCCGCCAGAGGGCUAGACAUUAAAGGCAUAGGUCUGGUGGUGAAUUAUGAUGCUGCCAACAACACGGAGGACUACGUCCACCGCAUUGGUCGAACGGGUCGAGCGGGCGCCAAAGGCUAUGCGGUGACCUUCCUGUGCCCCUCCGAAGAUGGUGGAAAGAUCUCCGGGAUCAUUCAGGUGAUGGAAAGCACCAACCAAUACGUCAGCGAUGAGCUGCGAAGCCUCUCGCGGCGCGGGGGGGGCUACCGCUCGCGCUACGGUGGCGGCGGACACGGCGGACACCGCAAAGGCGGCGGAAGCUCUGGUGAUUGCAAGUGGUGCAAGAUUGGAGACUGCUGGACGCAUCAGAAGGGCAGCAGAAACCGCAGCCGAAGUCCAAGAAGGUAG